AUGUCACUCUCGAUUUCUCAGCCUGCAACUACGGUACUGCUAGGCACCGCUCUCAUUAAAAUUACCGCUAAUAAUGGAAUCUCUCAUGUCUUUCGAUGUCUGCUCGACAGUGGAAGUCAACUCAACUUCAUGACAGAGAGGGCAGCACAGCUAUUAAACGUCUCUCGUCUCCGCUCUACUCACACAAUCGUGGGAAUCUCUGCAUCGCAAUCCUCGACAAAGGGACAUGCACUCCUAGAACUAUCAACACUAGGCAGUGAAGUAAUUGCUUCAAAUCAACCUUUCCAUAUUCUAGAUAGAAUUUCCGCUCCUUUGCCUCGUACUCAACUCUCUUUUGGGGUUUACAAACUGGUAAAACCUUUUGUCCUCGCAGAUCCGACCUUUCAUAUUCCUCAGAAUAUUGACAUUCUCAUAGGAGGUACUUUGUUUCCAGAACUUCUUACUCAUCAAUCCUACCCAUUGGGCUCAAACCUUCCAUUCGUUAUUGGAACACGAUUGGGAUUUGUGUUAAUGGGCAAUGCUCCAACUUUGUCUAACUCUUCUCCCACCUCAUGCCAUUCAUCUCUACUCUCCACUACGGACGAGCUACAUAAUACUCUACUUCGCUUCGGCAACAAGAAGAGGUACCGAAGUGCAAUCUUAUCUCUGAAGAUGAUCGCCUCGCCCUCAUGUAAUGAUAAUCGGAAACUCUUGCAAACAUGCUCGGAUACUCGACUUGUUUCUACAAAUCUACUCGAAUCAAAUCAAUAUCGAGACAGUAUCGAUUACCGAGUAUCGAGUGUCGAGUUUCGAGUGUCGAGUGACGAGUAUCGAGUGUCGAGUUUCGAGUGUCGAGUGACGAGUAUCGAGUGUCGAGUUUCGAGUGUCGAGUGUCGAGUUUCGAGUGCCCUCGACCGGUAG